GGGGGGCUUCAAGGCCUUCGGAACCGGAAAAGAAAAGCGGUUGCCUGGCGGUUCUGUUGAGGCAAGAUACGUCCGCACUGCGUGCGGCUCUCACUUUCUGUAGGCCGGUGUCGAAAGUCGCGCCGUCGCUCCGUCCUCCCUGGGACGCCGUCACAGCUGAUACGACGCUCGCGGAAGGAGGACAUCGCAGUGUUUGCUAGCGACAGGACUUGAAGACCGAAGCAGCGAUGAAGGACAGGGAGAGACCCUUCUAUAAAAUUUUCAAUGGCCACCGGAUUCCUGGAGCGUUUUCGGAGGAGGUACUUCAAGGAUUUCUGCGCUACGAGCCGGCAGAUGACGACAUAUUCAUCGUCACCUUCCCUAAAUGUGGCACCCACUGGGCCCACAUGAUGCUGUCGACUACCCUGCAGGUCUGCCGAGGCCUGCCACCGAGACCGUUCAUCCUCGCGGAGAGGGAGGGCGUUGACGCCAUCUUGGCGGCUCCGAGGCCUCGUAUCGUCUGCACUCAUCUGCCUUUUCGUCUUACGCCCCGCAAUGAGCAGACGAAAUACGUAUACGUUGCAAGGAACCCCAAGGACUGCUGCGUGUCCUUUUUUCAUCACACAAAGGCCUUCCCCAGCUACGAAUUCGCGGACGGCACCUUUAACGAGUACUUUGAGAUUUUUGUCGAGGGUCUAACGGACUUCGGCAACUACUACGACAAUAUCAAAUCGUGGUACGCUCGCAAGGAUGACCCGAACGUCUUGUUCAUGACGUACGAAUCUAUGAAGCUUGACAGCGAAGGUUCAGUCAUCAAGCUGGCCAAGUUCGUGGAUGAGCAGCUUGCCGCAGCGCUCGAAGAAGAUGGCGACAAAAUGCAGUCUGUAUUGGAGGCGUGUAGCGUGGAUCGCAUGAAGAAAAAAGUCCAGGGGCCCUUUGUAAGAAAAGGCGUGGUAGGCGACUGGAAGAACUACUUUUCGCCAGAGCAAUCGCGAAGGCUGGAAGAGAGAUUCAUGCUGGAAAUGAAGGGAACGGACAUACCUGACCUCUGGAAGGACGUUGAUUGGAAACUCAACGGACCGAACUGCGCUUAAAGGCUUUGCCGAAUAUUUGCUGGAACUUGGUGUUAGAAAGCAAGAGAAUGUCAUCCAGAAAAAAAAAGCACGUCGGAUGUGAUUGACAUUUCUGAACGGCACUUAUAAUACAGAAGCGUCGAGACAGAUUGUGCCAGAUGUAGACUGUGAUUUGUGCGAUUGUACUGUGUUGUUUGACAGCAAAUACUGGGAAUAAUUUAUACUCAUUUUAUGUGCUAGCGCCCAAGCAGGAAAUAUCUUCUAGUGUUGUUGGUUUUAUAGACUUCUUUUUUUCCGGCUUGUUGCUUUGAGAUAGCCCUGCGACACUUGCUCAGCCUAAUAUACUUGCUCUUGCUCUGUAUUUUCAUCCAAUAAACUUCACUGCUCCGUGCCAAUUCGCAAGACAGUUGUACAAGUCAUUUUUGUUUUGUAUUUAGGAAUACGGUUCCGCCUACUAACUUUCUUCCAAGUUCACCUACAGUCUAUAUUUUGCUUUCGCAUAUAUUGAGGUAAUGUUGGAUAUUGAAUGCAGCGCCUUAAAAAAAAGAUGCCACGUGACGUGUCAGAACAAAAGGAGAGAUCAAAGAAACAAAACUCACUCUGCCGCAAAUUCCCGAGACUCGACUCCAUUUCUGCCUCUGUUGAGCUCUAUAGCUUUGUGAUUAACAAUGAUGCCUGAACAAUAAACUGCAGCCCAGAUGGCUCAAACGCGCCUCAUUUAUCGAGCAACAGCUGCUCCUAGGGGCUGCGCUACGGCGUUGCAUGUGGGAAGAUAUGCCUUGAAGGAAGAAACGAUUGCUCAGAGAAUGUCGAGGGGGGCACACGAA